AGGAAGGACGCGGAGGCAGGGUCUGGGAGCCGGAGUCUGAGAGAGGCAUUAAGUGUGGGAGCAGAGGAGAGCCGGGCCACAGAAGCCAUAUCUCCAGGAGAGCUGGACUUUCCACAGACAAAUGGAGGACAGGUGUGUCUGACGUGACGCCAGCGGGCUGGCUCCAGGAACACGUCUCCACUACAAUGUAGGCACUAAAAUCAAGAGAGAAUCAGCCUGAAGAAGUUGACGUCAAGCAGAAGGAUGAAGCUUUUGUUCUAGCGGCACUGCCAAGUGCUGAGGUGGAACAGCUGUGCCGAAAACAAAAGCAGAAGAUAAGCCGAGAGAAGGCGCGGGAGGCAGCGGACUGUCAAUCAUUGAUGCCAACGCUUUGUGUACGCCAUUGUCACCCAACGCUUCCUUCUGCGGCUGGUUUUAUUUGUUCAGUCGCUCUCACGGUUCCAGCAGGAAAGGAUUGGAGCCUGAGCAAUUUGCCUUAUCGCCAUCGGGAAUCGGAAGAGCGGGACGCUCCAGCCGCCGUCAGUAUGUGCCAUGUCAUCGUCACCUGCCGCUCCAUGCUGUGGACUCUGCUGAGUAUUGUGGCUGCGUUCGGAGAGCUCAUCGCCUUCAUGAGCACUGACUGGCUGGUGGGCUUCCCCCGCACCCCCGAUGCCGUCUUCAGCCCCCAUGGGGCCACAACGGCCGGGGAGGCCUACCGACCCACUUUAGGCAUCUAUGGCCGCUGUAUAAAACUGCCCCACAUGCAGCGCGGUAUACUUUGCGGACCAUACGCGGUGCACUUCAGCGAGAUUGCCAGCAGGUUCUGGCAGGCCACGUCUAUCUUCCUGGCGGCGGGGAUCCUGCUGCUGUGCGCGGUGGCGUUCAUCUCGAUCUUCACCAUGUGCUUCCAGAGCAUCAUGAAGAAGAGCAUCUUCAACGUAUGUGGACUGCUGCAAGGGAUCGCAGGUCUGUUUCUCAUCCUGGGUCUGAUGUUGUACCCCGCUGGCUGGGGUUCAGACAAGGUUCAGCUGUACUGCAGCCACGAGGCGGCUCCGUACCGUGCCGGGCUGUGCUCCAUGGGUUGGGCCUUCUACACCGCACUGGGAGGCACUGUGCUCACUUUCAUCUGUGCAGUUUUUUCUGCUCAGGCAGAGAUCGCCACCUCCAGUGACAAGGUCCAGGAGGAGAUCGAGGAGGGCAAGAGCCUUAUCUGCCUCCUCUGAGGUGCAGAUGUUUUCUUUUUAAAAACCCAGAGCAGAAAACGAGGCCAAGAAAGAUCAGCAGCUGCCUUUUGGCUGAAGGCCUGUGAAACGGUUUCACCUGUAUCGUUUACCACUAAGACUUUUUAUUGUUGUGUGUUUGUGUGGGAGAAAUCAACAAGUGCCAAGUGUGUUUCUCAGUAUGUGUGUGUGUGCCAUUUGUCUUCCUGCCUCUGCAGGCACCCUGUUAUUGUUAAUCAUGUGCAACCACAUGAUCUGUAAAUACGUGCCAGUACAGUUAUAUUGUACAUAGUUCCAACCUGAGGAUGAUGGUCGGGUUCAUCCAGGCCGACUCCGGCUCCGCGGCGUCAUGCUCGCCUUAAUACACUGGUGUUUUCCCGCCAGAUCCCGCCCAGCAGACCUGGAUCUUUUUACGUGCUGCGUGAGUAACAGCUCGACGAGGGAACCACUACACGGCAGAAUAAACCACUGACAGAACUGUCCUCAGAUCAGACUAGAAUGUCCUUUAAAGCCUGCAGAAUGUGCUGUUAUGGCAGUGAUUGUGUUCGUAGACCCUUGAAACGGUGCUUCGUACGGAAUGCAGGAGUCGCACAAACUGUAGUGCGUCUGUCUAUGAGAUUGUUUUUUGAUCUAUUUUGAAGAAGAAGAAAAAAUCCGACCAUAAUCCACUCAUCUGACAGCAGACCUGUGAAGAUGUCUCGUGCACGACGACUGAACAAUGAGGAGACACGAGGUGUUUUUUUCUUUUGUUUUACUAAUGUCUGGUUUCAGGGAUGAUCCUCCAGUCUUGAGUUGCAGAUAUAGUGUCUAAUUUGUUGCUGUCAAAUGAAUAAAGAGGGGAAAAAUAAGA